AUGACGCUUUUCCCGUAUGAGGCGUGGUACGGAGUAAUGGUAUCGCGUACCGAGGCUGGGGGGGUAAGCGUAUGGUCCGGUUUCGGUUUCAUCUCGUUUUCAACGAUACCUCACUUUGCGGGCGCUCUCGACACCUCUUCCGCCGGCGAUCGAGGCCAGAACUUCCAUUCCCUCCAGUUCGUGUUCAAAGUCGAUACGUCGUCUGUUGCUCUCCAUCGAGUUGUGGAACGGUUGGAUGUGUAG